AUGGCCAUCCUACUCACCGGCGGCGCUUAUGCCAAGACUUCCCAGCGCAUCGCUAGUUUGUGCAGAGAAGCCAAAAUCCCUUUUCUUUUUGCUUCUCGCCGCGGAGACGCUACGACGUCUGACGCUGAUGGUGCUGACAGCCCAGCCGUGCGGUUUGACUGGACUGAUGCUGACACGUACGCCAACCCAUUUGCAUACUCCUUCCCCACUGGCCAUGUUAUCCGAGCUGUAUACAUGGUCAUGCCCCCCGUGCCGGAGCCCGACCAACACGUGAAUGCAUUCAUCGACUGCGCUGCCGCCCGUGGCGUCAAGCGGUUUGUGCUCAUGGCAGGCACGUCGGCCAGUCUGGGCGGGCCCGGUCCGGGCAAAGUGUGGCAGCACAUGAUCGAGAAGGGCGUCGAAUGGGCCGUCUGCCGCCCGACUUGGUUUAUGGAUAACUUUUCUGAAAGCUAUCACCUCAACGCUGUCCGUGAGGAGGGCAUCAUAUACAGCUGUGUCGGCGAUGCAAAGGUGCCCUUUAUCAGUUCUUUCGACGUUGGCGGCGUUGCAUUUGCUGCCUUGACCCAGCCCGAGUCACCAAACAGAGAUUACCGUAUUGUUGGACCCGAGCUGCUCACGCAUGAUGACGUGGCUGCCAGGCUGAGCAAUGCCCUGGGUCGUCCAAUUCGACACGUCAACAUGUCACCUGAGGACAGGAUGCAUUAUAUGACGAGCACCCUCAAGUUCCCUGCUCCGUUCGCCGGCUUCAUGGUAAGUCUGGAGAAGUUCGCCGCGGGAGGCGGCGAAGACUACAUGGACGACACGGUGGAGAAGCUUACAGGCAGCAAGCCCGUGGAUUUGGAUUCUUUUAUAAAGCAAAAGAAGCCAGUUUGGACCUAG